AUGGACUCCGACCAACCGCCUUCAGAAGCCUCCGACGACCCAAAACAAUCUUCCACCACAACCACCCCAGAAGAACAACAACAAACUACAACCCACACACCAAGAUCAUACGAGUGCAAUUUCUGCAAAAGAGGUUUCACAAAUGCACAAGCACUUGGAGGCCAUAUGAACAUCCACCGGAAGGACAAAGGUAAGUUCAAACACUCCUCUUCCACCACACCACCAAACGCCGUCGUGGAAUCACCCUCUCCCACCCGUCCAAGAUUAAGCGCCACCACUACCACCAAUCCUUUUUCAAUCUCUCAUCAAGGCAACUGGUUUCCUAACCCACAACAAGAUGAAAAGAAACCACUCCCACUUUUUGGCACCAACGAUUCGGAGAUUCCAAGAAACAUUCAUCAACCUGGAAACUCUCCAUCGCCGGACAGGGAAGUAGACCUUGAGCUGAGAUUGGGACAUGUUGAACAGCCGUCGGAAUCAUCGUCGGAGAACAAGAGUACAACCACCAGAAAAUUCUUCUGA